AUGCUGAGGAUGCCGGGACCUGCCUGUGGAGGAGGAGGAGGAGGAGGAGGAGGAGGAGGAGGAGGAGGAGGAGGAGGAGGAGGAGGAGGAGGAGGAGGAGGAGGAGGAGGAGGAGUAGGAGGAGGAGGAGGAGUAGGAGGGAGUGGCGGAGGAGGAGGAAGAGGAGGAGGGCCCCUUGACCCUCUAAUUUCUAGUUGCCGUGCACCAAGUGGUGCUGAAAUGUGUAACUAG